AUGCCCAACAGCAGCUCUGUGAGCGAGUUCCUCCUGCUGCCAUUCGCAGACACGCGGGAGCUGCAGCUCCUGCACUUCGGGCUCUUCCUGGGCAUCUACCUGGCUGCCCUCCUGGGCAACGGCCUCAUCCUCACCGCCGUAGCCUGCGACCACCGCCUCCACACCCCCAUGUACUUCUUCCUCCUCAACCUCGCCCUCCUCGACCUGGGCUGCAUCUCCACCACUCUGCCCAAAGCCAUGGCCAAUGCCCUCUGGGACACCAGGGCCAUCUCCUAUCAAGGGUGUGCUGCACAGGUCUUUAUAUUUGUCAUCUUAAUUACAGCAGAAUUCUAUGUUCUCACCGUCAUGGCCUACGACCGCUACGUUGCCAUCUGCAAGCCCCUGCCCCCCUCCAUCUACUCCGCACACCUGGACCUGCUGGUGUCAGUUCUGUACUCGGUGGUACCUCCAGCAGUGAACCCCCUCAUCUACAGCAUAAAGAACCAGGAGCUCAAGCAUGCACUGAAGAAGCUAUUUCAGUUGUCUUCCAGAAGCAGUUAG